CUGGAGGUUCCUACUUUUCCCGCAACUAUCGCUGAAGUCAACUCGGAGUCUUUGUUGAUAAAAUCAUUCGUAGUUGACAGUAGAAAGAAAUUGAUAAAAAAAAUAGGUACAGAUAAGUGUUAAAACGUCUACUGUAAUGGUUUUUGUAAAAAGAGAUAUUGUCUCGAGCGUGAUAUUAACUUGUGGUAUUGGCAUUUGCUCGUUCAUUGGUGAUCAAGGUUUGAAUUAUGGAAAGACCCCCUGGUUACGCGCGAUUUUUGACAAUGUUACUCACGCAAUUGUUGGGGGACUUACUUGGACACUUAUUUUACAUUUGUCAAGAAAGUCUCUCGUUCAAAACUUUUCCAGUAUUUUCUGGUGCUUUUUCUUAUCAUCUUUUAUUGACGUAGACCACUUUAUCACAGCAUGUAGUUGGAAGUUAAACGAUGCAACGCAUUUAACAAAACGACCAUUUUUGCAUUGCACUACUUUGCCAAUUGCAUUGUGGCUUAUGCUUAAUUUUUAUGCGAGUGUAUUUAAUCAUCCAAGGCUUAGUUAUUAUUCCUGGAUAAUGUUAUCUAGUUUUCUAAGUCAUCAUAUACGAGAUGGCACAAGGAGGGGUCUAUGGUUUUGCCCGAUAGGUUCCACGCAACCCAUACCUUAUUAUUUAUAUUUGAGCUUGAGUAUGAUACUUCCUCAUGUGUUGCAAUGGCUCAUGACAUCAUCAAUGCAUGAACCUAAAGGUCAGGAAAACAUGCCAUUCAUCGAUAUUGUAACAGUAUAAAAAUAUUUAUCGAAUAUAAGUGUGUACAUAUGUACAUAUUUGGAGAUUUAAAAAAAUUAUUUUCACAUGUAUUUUAUUAAUAUGGACUAGAAUGUAAGACAAAUUUUCUAGGACUUUUACACUUUUAUAACUAAAUUUAUAUAUUUAUUGUUAUUAAUUUUACUGUAAAAUUUAAGACAAAAUUUAUUAUAUACAGAAAAAUCAUAUUUUUGUAAUAGUUUAGGUUACAAUAAAACCUGCGAAUAUAUAACGAUA